AUGCUGGUCCUUCGCGAAUCGGACAUCUUCCCCAUUCUCAAGGGCUUGACGCGUGACCAAUGUCAACAUCUGCUCCAGGCGCUCUGGAAGGCCCUCGCCAGUUACUCAGGCCAUCGUAACGGCGCCAACGGAGAGAAACUUAUCCAUCAACCAAUCCGAGAGCAGAUUGUGACCUCAAGGAACCACGCAACACUUUUCAUGCCAGCAUCCGAUACCAACACGACCACAGGUAUCAAGAUCGUAACUCUGCCGGGCCAUGGCGGCCCGCCCAAAGGUGCCAUCAACAUAUGCUCUCCCGAGGGUGACCUCGAGGGAUUAUUAAACGCUGAGCUAAUCACGGCAUUCCGGACCGCGUUGGCCAGCAUGAUCCCGUUUCAGAGAUUCCAACUCCGAGAGGGCGCAAAUAUCCUGGUAUUCGGGGCUGGAAAACAGGCGGAAUGGCACAUUCGGCUUGCUCUCUUACUCGCUGGAGAGAAGAUCACUAAGAUAACAGUCGUGAACAGAGGCGCCAGAGGCGCUGAGAGAUUAAAGAGCGAUUUGGAUGCAGAUGUUCGCGGGAUAUUCCCAGGGAUGAUGAUAAGUUACAUAGGGAGGGAUUCGUCGACGUUCGCGGCAGAGAUUCUCGGCACAUUGGUAUCUGAGGCUGAUGCGAUCUUCUGCUGCACUCCGUCGACCGAGCCGCUAUUUUCCAGCUCAUAUCUCGGAGAUAAGCCCAGGUUUAUCUCUCUUAUCGGCUCCUACAAGCCACACAUGCAAGAAAUUGACUCUACAACCCUACUCUCUGGACGUAGUACGAUUAUCGUUGAUUCAAAGGAAGCGUGCCUGCACGAGGCGGGCGAGCUUAUCAAGGCUCAGGUAUCUGAAAGCCAGCUAGUAGAGAUUGGCGAGUUGUUUGAGAAUCCGCAUGCGGCUUCGAGGCUGUUCGAUUCAGGCAGCAACGUGGUCUUUAAGUGUGUUGGAAUGGGCAUUAUGGAUCUCGUGAUUGGCAGGGAGCUUCUCGCCCUUGCGAAGGCGAGACAAGUUGGCAUUACAAUCGACGAUUUUUAA